AUGAAUUUCGUUCUGCCUCUUCGACCCUCGAGAUCUGCGAAGACCUCAAAAACGACAAAUGCUUCAAACAAAAACAAUACUCUACAGCCACCGCCAGAGUCGCCCCGAAGACGGCCAAGUCUAGCUACUCGUGCUGGAAUUGUCAAACGUCGAAGCAGUAUUGUAACAGCUUUCAACGCCCCUUCCAUGAGUCUCUUUGAGGCGAUGUUUGGGGAUGACUUCCCUGACGCUUUCGCGAAUGGUGACGGUCGCAGUUGCAAGAGUAGAAAAUCCAUGCUCGAUCUACCAGCUGAACUAUUGGAAAUUGUCUGCCAAUCACUCUCCAAAAUGGAUAUCAAACGACUCCGAUUCACAUGCAGAGAGCUUGCCGAGAAGGCAGAGCUGCGCAUUGAUCGUGUUUACAUCUCUCCGAACCGUGCGAAUCUGGACUGUCUUAACAACAUUAUUAAUCAUCCUCGGCUUUGUCUGCAGGUGCAAGAGAUCGUAUGGGACGAUGCACAGCUUGUUGAAUAUCCAACGAUCCAGUCCUUCCGUGCAGCGCUCACAUCUGAUGAUCGUGAGGCCAGGGUCAUACUUGAAGACCAUCUCCGUACACCCGUUCAGUCUGGUAGUGACAACAAUGCAGCCUAUGCUCCGAUCAGUGUAGAGGACUGUGUACAAGAGGACAGAGGAUUUACCGAACUUGGCAAAGCAAUUUUACUCAACUCAGACGAUCGAAUGUCCAGGAAUCUCAUCGCUAGCAGUGCCGCGAUGAUGAGCGUCGAGGAAAGCUACAGUCUUUACCAAAAAUUGUACCAGGAUGAGAAGGAGAUCAUCAAACGUGGAUGGGACGUGAGUGGUCUGCAGCACGCACUUACACAUAUCUCGAACUUGAAACGUAUUACCCUUACAAGCGAAGUCUGGAGGUCGUCGGGGUCACUGCCUACUUAUGACACCCCCUUCUUGCGUGCUCUUCCACCUGGUUUCCGCAAACCUUCGAUCUCGCCCUGGACUGAGCCUGGAUUUGACUCUGUUCUGCCGAACGAGGAAAUCACGCGUGAACUGAGGGAGUUAUCAACCGAACAGCACCUGCCUGUGAUAUGGAGAGGGUACAGUAUUAUCAUGUCAUCUCUGAUAAAAGAUCCGGUCCCGAGUCUCGAGGAACUCAUCGUCGACGCAGGUAUGGAAGCGGAUGGUCUACCUCGCCAUCUCUUUGCUGAGCGGAACUUGGACUAUAACAACACGAUACGUGCGUUGAGUACCACGCAACUCAAAAGACUUCAGCUCCCACUCAUCAAUUACACUGGCUCUGUUUCCAUUGGUCUCCUCUAUGACUUAAUACUCGCUAUGCCAUACCUCGAACAUCUGGAUCUCAUGUGGACUACUCCCUUCCCUUUCACUGCUGAUUUCCCUGAACAAACCUACCGCAGACUGAAAUCAAUCAGGCUGCAUCGCUCUGAGGUUGACGGUUCUUGGUUACUGGACCUUAUCAAGAGAUCGGAGAACUUGCAGACAGUCACUCUCGAUAGAGUCAAGAUAGGACCAGCACGAGACCCAUGGACCGGCCGCAAAUUGCUCUUCACACAACUUAGAGAGUACUACGCCACGGUGAAUUGCCGAGGGCCAAGAUUCACGUGGGUUGAAUUGCCAUGGUGGGCCCGUGGGAGGCUGUCCAUCCGCCGGCAGAUGCUCGACAAUGAGCUGGAUGCUUUUCUACACGAUGGCACAGAAUCGCCGUGGCAUGAAGCCGAUGUAGCUGCUACCAUCGAACAGCAGUCCGAAUUCAAGCCUGGAUUCGGGUGGAUUAUCGAUGGUAGAGAUCCGGAAUUUCGUCAGAAACGAUUAAGGCAAUGA